UUGCUAUCUACACCACUAAAUGCAGUGCACAUUUUUGUUUUUGGGCACAGCUAGAUAGAAAGAUGGGAAAAACACAUUUUAAAAUUGUCACCAGACCAGGAGUGGACUGACAACAUGGGGCCCCUGGCAACAGGAAAUCAUGGGGCCACUGUGUCCUCACCCAUACUAAAACCACACCAAAAAAAGCCUAUGAAAAGGUACCAGGGGCAUCUCAUGGGGCCCCCUACUAACCCAGGCCCACGGAUAGUGCCAGAGUGCCUAAUUGGUCAGUCCGCCCCU